AUGAUUACAAACUCAAAUUACCCGAAAAUUAUCGGUGAACGAUCUACCAGUGAACAUCGUGGACCAAGCAUUAUGGCUAAACCUAUAAGACCUUUACCAUUUGCUUCACCUUGUCGAGCUGCUUCAGCAGAGAAUAGACGUAUGCCAGUGCCAUGGGGUUUAAAUAACAGUCCGCAUGUCUUGAAUAAUUUAUCAAAACGUAAAAAUCAUCUAAGAUCCAGUCCUACAAGUUUAUCUUCAUCAUCAGCUCUGUCGAUCGAUGAACAAUCUGGCAGUGUAUAUAAUUUAAAAUCUUUUGAAAAAUUUGCUCACAUGGGUCAGCCACACGUAGUCGCUUUGUAUAAUUUUGAAACUGGAGUAGAAGGUGAUUUAGAGUUUGAGGUCGGCGAUAUUAUUAUGUUGGAAGAUAUUGUCGACGAGUCAUGGUAUAAAGGUCGAUCAAUAAAAACUGGUGCUGUUGGCAUAUUUCCUAUGAAUCAUGUAGAAGUACGCAUCCCACUGACAACUGGUUUAUUUACAGACAAACAACCGAAGACUAAGCCUGUGCAUCCUGUUAAGUCGAGGCAUAUUUUAACAGGCAACCGGACAAAUUCUCAUCCAUCCUUUAGGAAAAAACCCAUACCACUGCCUAAAACAGCAAAUCAGUCUGCACCUCCAUGCAAUUCCAGUGAAUCACUGAAUUCACAAAUAACUGAUCAUUCAUCGAAUCUUAACACUGCACAAUGUAAUAUGCCUUCAUCUGGUUCUGAAAUUUAUUCAAGUUCACCACAAGCUAAUUUACCAUCGAACAAUUUAUUAUCUAGUCGAACACAGAUGUUUUCUAAACCUGUUCUGCCGACACCUCCACUUCCAUUGCCACCAUCAUCGCAACAACAACAACAACAACCAAAAAAUAGUCAUGUACCACCUGUAAUAAAUUCAUUGAAACCAAGAAAUCAAACAACCAUAUCACAAUUGGCUCAGCUUCUACAAGAAAGGGGCAUAGUAUCCUAUCGUAGUCGAGGAAUGCCGUCUGGUGCAACACACUUAUAUCCAGGUUCACAUCCUCUACUGGUUUCAUCUACUCCUUCGUCAAUAGAAAAUCAUAAAUCACCUACAGAAAUGAAUGAUGUCAAUACCAGUGAUAAUAAUGGUGGCAAAGAUGAUAACAACGGGAACAGUAAUAACAAGGACAAUAGUGAUGACGAUAAGAAGAAGACGACGACGAAUGAAAAGAGUGUCAAAGGUGGUGCAUAUCAUUCACCUCUUAUGGUUGAGACAGUUUUGAGUAAACUUCUCCCGAAUAAAACACCACAGAACAAAUUCAACCUUAAUCUAAGAGCUAAAAGUACAAAGAGGUUGUUAGACAACGAAAGAAGGCAUACAGCAGAAGUUUCAUGUCUGGCUGAUGCUACGGACUCCAAUAAUGGUAAUAAUAAUAACAUUUGUGCAACUGGCACUACUAACCACAAUAAAAACAGACAUACGGCAUCAAGUUAUGUUAAGAAUUUAAGUGAAUCAUAUUUAUUCAACGGUGGAAAGCUCCACGAGAAGGAUAUUAAGUCUACAGUAGAUUCAACACCGCUUAGAACUGAUGAUGAUAAAGCCUUUACUAGUACCAAUGGUGGAAAUGAUGAUGAUGAUGUCAGUAAUGCGAAAAAUGCUGAUGAGUCUUACGAUAAUGUCAGUAAUUUCGGUGAUAGUAGUACUUCCCAACUUCGAAGUGUAUUUCAAGUCAUUAAACCACCAGAGAAAUUAGUUACUUCAAAGGGAUAUAUCAAGUUAUCGUCAGCAUCAACAAAGAAGUCGGCUAGUACUAAUCAACUUGCAUUAACAUCUCAAGAUCAACAGUCAUUGCAUAAUGAAACGAAUUCUAGUGGACAGAGUAAUGGUAACAAGGUAAUCUCAGUAAACAGUUGGUUAACAGUUAAGCGCAAACAAGCGGGAAAUGAAUCAACUGGUGAACUUCGUUUAAAUGUUGGUGAUGUUUUGAGGUGUAUUGAUCUGGUUCCAGGUGAAAGGCACAGCAAUCCCUCUACAAUUCCAUUAUCCCUAUCUUUAUCAUCAAGUGACAAGUGGAUAGAGUGUGAAAAUUGGUUCGGCGUCACCGGUUUAGUCAACACGUCGAAUGUUCAAGUAAUUGACAAUCCAAAUGAAUUAGCCGCUAUUAUGCAGCAUAGGCCACAUGCACGAGUUGUGUAUGCAUUUCAAAAAGAAACAGACGAAGAUUUAGCGUUAACGCCUGGGGAUAUUGUAUACCUGUUCGAGGCAAUUGAUGAAAAUUGGUAUAGAGGAGAAUCAGCAAGUAGUGGUCAUCGUGGAAUGUUUCCAGCAACAUUUGUUGAAGUUAUUAAACCUUUGUGA